CAAAACUAAGCCUAUACCAUUGUGACUUAAACAAAACUCGAAUUUCAAAUUUUAAAUUUAAUAUAAGAGGCAAAGAAAAACAGAAAAUGUUCGUACAAACCUUCGGAAUCAAUCAUUGCAAUAAUAAUGAGUUAUUACAAAACACCACGAUGGAUAUUGAUAGAAAUUAUGCGGAGCUAUGCAAUGAUUUGGAUCUGGUAUCGAGAUUCUGUUUACCAAUAUGUUGUCGUGAUAAUGAAAUACGUGAAGUUGCAUUAGAUGUGAUAUCGAAAACGGUUGAAGGCUGGCUAGACGGAGUUGGGAGUCCGAAACAUUCUAAUACCGAAAAUAAUCUCGAACAUUUACCAAGUGGAAAUAAUAUGAAUUCAUUUUGUGAAAAGAAAAAUGGUGAAAGUGAACUUCGAAAUGGUCAAUCAGUCAUUGCGAAUAUACCAAAAGAGUAUAUGGAUUUAGUGGCUUUACAUUUACCGAUUAUUUUGAGAUUAUCGAUCAAUUGUCCAUUCGCGAAUGUUCGUGAAAAAUGUAAACAAAUUCUUCAAAUUGUCAGGGAUCGAGGAUUGCCUGUGCCUUAUCCGGUAAAAAAUGGUCCGAGCGAUUAUAUCAAUUCAAGAGAGUUUUUGUCAUGGGAUACGCAAAGUGAUAAGACGCAUACAUUGUUCAUCGAUGCGUUCCUCCAAAACAACAGAUUGGAUCAUGUCAGUCAGGUAAUGGGAUUACAUCCAGCAUACUUGAAUCAUUUCCUGAAAACGCAAUACUUUAUUUUGCGUGGAGAUGGGCCAUUACCAUAUGACUUCAGGCAUUACAUUGCAAUAAUGGCUGCAGGACGACAUCAGUGUAGUUAUUUGAUUAGUCUUCAAAAACAAGAAUUUUUAUUGCAAGGUGGUAAUCCUACGUGGUUGAAAGGACUAUCAUAUAUUCCAAGGAAACUAAGAAAUUUAUAUGAAAUAAAUAAAAUCUUAGGGCAUCGUCCUUGGUUAUUAAAUAAAUCUCAUAUUGAGAAAUUAACCAAAGGAGGUCCAGAUAGUUGGUCGUUAGCCGAAGUGGUACAUGCUAUUGUAAUAUUAGCACAUUUUCAUUCGUUAUGUUCUUUUGUAUUCUCGUGUGGUGUAAAUGAAGAAGUUGAUCAAGCUGGUGGACACGCUUAUCAAGCAUCAAAUCCCACACCUGAUGAUGAUUCAAGUGCCAUUGCAGAAUGUACAACAUCAAAUAAUAUUUCUAGAAGUCAAUCACAAAAAAUUGUUAACGAUACAAGACAAAAUCAUGAAGGCGCAACAUCAUGUAUAGGACGAUCACCACCACCAGAGCCAGAAGUUGGUAUUGUUACGUUAAUGGCACGCAUGAAAACAUUAUCAGAACGAACUGAAGAGUGUACACAGACUGAAUUAACAAAACGUUUCGAAAAUGUUGAAUCACAAUCAGCUGAAUUAGGUGCCGUCCCAGAACCAAUUACAGAAGUGGCAGCUGAUAUUAGUCAAUUUAUUGAUGAUCCUAAUUUCUUAUAUCAAGAUUUUGCUAGACGUGGUGAAAUAUCUGAUAUACCUACAUUUAGAGUACAAGAUUAUUCAUGGGACGAUCAUGGAUAUUCCUUAGUUAACAGACUUUAUAAUGAUGUGGGUUAUUUACUUGAUGAUAAAUUUAAGACUGCAUAUAAUUUAACAUACUAUACAAUGGGUGGACGUCGUGAUGUUGAUACAUCACGCUUUCGACGUGCCAUAUGGAAUUAUAUUCAGUGUAUGUUUGGUAUUCGUCACGACGACUACGAUUAUGGUGAAAUUAAUCAUUUGUUGGAGCGUAGUUUAAAAACAUUUAUUAAAUCAGCAUGCUGUUAUCCCGAGAGAGUUACUAAAAAAGAUUAUGAUCGUGUUCUUAGAGAAUUCGAACAUAGUGAAAAGGUACACGUAAAUUUAAUGGUAUUGGAAUCAAGAAUGCAAGCAGAAUUACUUUAUGCAUUAAAAGCCGUUAUGCGAUAUAUGACAUAAAAAGAAACCAAAGUACACAGAUUUAAAUCCAUUCUAAAUCUGUUAUCGUUUCUUGAAUGUUUAAUAAUAUUCUGCCGAUUAGUUUAGGAAUUAAUUUUGUUUGUGUAUCUCUUACUACAGUGAUGUUUGUAUCUAGAUGAAAAAAGAAUUAAUUAACGAUCGUAAGACAGAAAAACAAAUUAUUAAAUAAAAGAAAACAAUAAAACAAGGAAUUCACUUAUUCGUUUGUGCCAGUUGUGAAACUUUCAGUUCGUGUAAAAUAUUAUAUUUAACA